CGGCCUGGGGAGAAGUUCAAACCCCGGUGGCGGUUGGGUGGCUUCGUUGCUGGGCCGGUGGUGGCGGGCGAGGAGGGAGUGAGCUGUGCGCGCCCAGCGGCCGCGGGGAUGGCGGAGGAGGGCGCCGUGACGGUCUGCGUGCGCCUGCGGCCCCUCAUCGCCAGAGAAAAUGCUUUGGAGGAUAAAGUGUCAUUCCACUGGAAAAGUGAAAAUAAUACUAUUUCCGAAAUUAAUGGGACAAAAGUCUUCAGUUACGAUCGUGUCUUCCACUCAAGUGACAACACGCAGCAGUUAUAUGAAGGAGUAGCUGUUCCAAUUAUACAGUCAGCUGUGCAAGGUUAUAAUGGCACAAUUUUUGCUUAUGGACAGACUGCUUCAGGGAAGACAUACACAAUGAUGGGAAAUGAAGAUUCUGUGGGCAUUAUCCCUAAGGCAAUUCAACAUGUUUUCAAAAUUAUCUGUGAGAUUCCAGAUAGAGAAUUCUUGCUAAGGGUUUCUUACAUGGAAAUCUACAAUGAAACCAUUACAGACUUGCUUUGUGACAUCAGGAAAAAGAAGCCUCUGGGAAUUCGUGAGGAUGUUAAUAGGAAUACAUAUGUAGAAGAUCUGAUUGAAGAGGUGGUGGUUGCCCCAGAACAAGUUAUGGAAUGGAUCAGAAAAGGAGAAAAAAAUCGCCAUUAUGGAGAAACAAAAAUGAAUGAACACAGCAGCCGUUCUCACACUAUCUUCAGAAUGAUCAUUGAAAGCAGAGAACGAAGUGACCCUGCAAAUGCAAACUGUGAUGGAGCAGUGAUGGUAUCCCACUUGAACUUGGUAGAUCUGGCAGGCAGUGAAAGAGCGAGUCAAACAGGUUCUGAAGGUGUCCGACUGAAAGAAGGCUGCAAUAUAAACAGGAGCUUGUUCAUUCUGGGUCAAGUUAUCAAAAAACUUUGUGAUGACCCUUCUGGCUUCAUAAAUUACAGAGACAGCAAGCUGACUCGAAUUCUGCAGAACUCCCUUGGAGGAAAUGCUAAGACUGUUAUUAUUUGUACAAUUACUCCCGUUUCUUAUGAUGAAACACUCAGUACUCUUCAGUUUGCUAAUACAGCCAAAAGAAUGAAGAAUACUCCGAAAGUCAAUGAGGUACUUGAUGAUGAUGCCCUCCUGAAGAGAUACCGCAAAGAAAUUCUGGAUUUGAAAAAGCAGCUGGAGGAAGUGUCUUCGAAGACUCAAAUUCAUGCAAUGGAAAAAGACCAGCUGGCCCAGCUGUUGGAAGAAAAAAAUUCUCUUCAAAAAGUACAGGAAGAUAGGAUACGAAACUUGACUGAGAUGCUGGUGACUUCUGCCUCCUUUGCCUCAAAACAGAAUUCUAAAGCCAAGAGAAGAAGAAGAGUUACUUGGGCUCCUGGUAAAAUAAACCAGGCGAAUGUGAGCUAUUUUGAAGACUUUGAAAAACCAAGGCUGGCUGAAACAAAAAAAAUGAAAAUGUCUUUGUCUGUACUACCAGACUUGGAGGAUUCUGUGUUAGAGAAUUCUGAACAUGACAACCAAUGUCUGAUGCUUCCUGAUCAAAUUUCAGAAGUGGAAUGGACUGCUGGACCUAACAUGAAUUGGACUCAAAGAGACUUUGAAGAAUCUGUGCAACUCUGUGAAGCAUUAGCACUAGAAAAGGAUAUUGCUGUAAAUGAGGUCAAUGUCCUGCAAGCUAAUUUUAAUAACCUAGUAUUGGAAAAUGAGCAGUUGAAACUAGAAAUAAAUGAAAUAAAGGAGAAACUGAAGGAAAAAAUAGAAAUGGAUGAAUUUGAAGCACUGGAAAAACAAACACAAAAAGAUCAUGAGAUACAACUAAUGCAUGAAAUUACCAACUUAAAGAAUCUAGUUUCAAAUGCUGAAGUGUACAAUGAGGAACUUGAGGCAGAAAUAAACUCCAAAUUGGAACAGCUGAAGGAGAAAGAGAACAAAAUAAAAAUAUUACAGAAUCGUGUGGAAGAAUUACAGAAAGCAGCAACAGAGAAAAAGGACACAUCUUUUUUGGGGGGAGAUUCUGAUAAGCUAAUGGAGGAAAUUCAGCAGCUGAAUAAAUCCCUCUUAGAUAGUGAAACCAUAGCCUUGGAUGCCAAAAAAGAAUCUGCUUUUCUGAGAAGUGAAAAUUUGGAGCUGAAGGAAAAGAUGAAUGAACUUUUAAGUAAUUACAAGCAAAUGGAAAAGGAUGUUCAGUUCUAUCAAAGCCAAAUAGAAGCUGGAAGAGCCAGUUACAAAAAAAUGCAAGCUGACUUGCAGAAAGAGUUGCAGUCUGUAUUUCAAGAAAACACGAGGCUAACCUCACUGAUGGAGGGUAAAGUUCCAAAAGAUCUGCUUUCGCUUGCGGAGCUGGAAAAAAAGGCAGCUGACUUAAAAGGAGAACUAGAAAAAGUGUUGAAAGAGAAUGCACUUCUACAAAAACAAAUAAAUGAGCUAUCAGAAUUUCAGUCUUUACCACAUACUGUUGAGAUACAGCAGAAAGAGAUUCUUGAGAAAUGUGAAGAGCUACGCUUAUUAAAAUUGGAAAGAGAAAAGUUGCUUUCUGAAGUAGCUGAUAAUGAAAUUAGACUUAAACAUAUGACUGAAGAAAUUGGAAAAUCGAAAGAUAAUCUAGAAGAUGCACAACUUAAAUACAGAAAGUCUGAUCAGGAAUAUGUAGCACUUAAACAGCUCCAUGAGGAUCUAGAGCAGAAGUAUGUAGCUGCAUCGGAAAACAAUGAACAAAUGAAGCUCCGAAUAGAUAUUCUAGCUAAAGAAGCGCAAGAGUUUAAAACAGCUUUGGAUGAAGUUAAAUUAGAGCUGUCUAGCAAAAUGAAAGAACUGGAAGAAAAGACAGCAGAGCACAAACAACUUCUUGAGGUAAGAGAAGAUUUUAUUCAGACUCAGCAGAAGCUAAAAGAAAUGCAGGAAUUAAAAGAGCAAGAAAAGAUUAUGGAGUUGAGACUGGAGGCCAAGGAUUCAGAGAUGCAGGCAGUUCUUCAGCAGCUUUCUGAGUGUCAGGAAGAAGUGAAAACUCUAACCCAGGAAAGAGAUUACCUGAAGCAAAAAGAGGAGUCUCUCCAAGCUGAGACAGACCAACUCAAAGAGGAUAUAAAGGACACUGUUUCAAUGAACAUUUUGGCACAUGAAGAAUUGAGAAAUACACAGAGUUCUCUCAAGGAAUCCCAGGACAUUGUCAAGAAAUUGGAAAAAAAUAUUUCUGAAAAAGAAUCUCAGAUUCUGAGUGUUGAAGAGGCACUAGGGAAAACUAUUAAAGAACUUGAAACACAGAUAUCACAAAUGACGGAAGAAAUAAAAAUCAUCACACUGGAGAGAGACCGGCUUGCUGAGGAAAAAUCAGAAAAUAACUGUAGAGAGUGUGAUCAGCUUCAGGUGCUAAAGGAACAAAUCAUUUUCCUUACGCAAGAGAACAAUUCAUUGCAAGAUAAGCUGGACAGUUUACAUUUGAAAAAAGAAGAGUAUGGGGAAGGAACCUUGAUUCGAGAAGAAUCUAUUGAGCAAGAAUUAUCUCACCUGAGAGAAGAGCUGAGCCAGGCACAAAGGAAACUGCAUGAAAUGCAGGAACUGAAAGCCAAUGAAUGUCAGAGAGAAUCUGAAGAAGUGGGGAGGAUGGAUUUUAUUCCAAAACUGUGUGACUGUCAGGACGUGAGCACUCUGACAGAAACAGAUUAUAAUCUUAAAAUGCAACUGGAGAAUCUCCAAAAUGAGAGAGACCAGCUAAAAGAAACUAUGCAGGAGUCAGUUAGCAUGAAUUCAGAGAUGCAGGAAGAGUUGAGACAUGCUCAUAAUUCGCUCAGACAACAUCAGGAGACUAUUGUGGAGCUGAAAGGAAGUAUUUCGGAGAAAGAAAAUCAACUGUUGAAAGCACAGGAGGCAUUGACGGAGGCAACUGAUGAACUGCAGCAGAAGCUUACUGAAGUAACUGAAAACCUGACUCGUGUCUCUUCUGAAUAUGACAAGCUACUGGCAGAAAAAGAACAAAUUGAAAGAACAAUGAAUGAGCAUAUCUGUCAGCAGCUGGAGAAAAUAACUUCACUUAAUCAGGAGAAAGAUGAGCUACAGCAAAUAGUAGACACUUGUAAAGCAGAGAAGGAUCAGUUAGAGGCUGAUUUUCAGGAAAGCAAGGAGAGAUCCUUAAAAGUUCUGACAGAAAUGGAAAAUCUAAAGGAAGAACUAAGGUAUGAGAAAGAGCAAGCUGAUAUCCAGAAGAACAUGCUAGCAAAUGGAGAAAAGAAAUUGCAAAGCAUUGAAGAAAAACUAAAUGAAGAAAUAAACAAACUAAAAGAAAAGGCAAGUACAUUGAAUGAGGACUUAAAUUUUGUAACUAAGGAAAGGCAGCAGCUGCUGAGAGAACUGAAAGAAAAGACUGAGAGUGAAAACAGUAAACUUCAACAGCUGGAGGAACAGUGUGAUUUGUUAGCACAGGAGAGAUAUCAGCUCCAGGAAAUGCUGAAAGGUAUUCAAGCAGAGAAGAACGAAGUGGAGAUUAACCUACAGCAGAGUGUUGAUAAGAUUCUUGAAACUGAAAAGGAAUUGAAGUGGCAACAAGAACUCCUCAGCAAUGAGAAGAUCAAAGCCAAAGAAAGGGAAGAACAUUUGUUAAAGGUUCAGAGGCGGUCAGAGAUUUUGGAGGACAGCCUAACAAACAAGAUUCAACAGUUAACUGAGACACUAAAUACCAUAUCACAUGAAAAAGACCAGUUAUUGGCUGAAACAACUAGUCACUCUUUGCAACUUAAAGAACAAAUCUCAUCAAUUAAUCAAGAAAAAGAUGAGCUACAAAAACUUCUCCAGGAUGCCAGGUCUGAGCGGGACCAACUCAAGACAGAAUUGCAAAAAAAUUCUGAGAUGUGUGUUGAAACAAAUGCAAAACUGGAAUGUGCUCUAGACCAACUGAAGCAGAAAAACCUGAAUGAUAUGGCCAUUCAGGUGAACCCACUGGAUAACGCAAAACAGAUGUUUGAUGACAGCCUGAAGCAAAAAACCUUGAAAAUUAAGGAGCUUCUUGAGAAAUUCCCAAAUAUGGGGAAGAGGUAUGAAUGUCUCUCUACCAUGUCUCUUAAUCUAAAGAAUGAACUGAAUAGUCAGAAAGCACUGAUAGCUGUGAUACUGACUCAGCUUUCAUCGGAACAGAAUAAACAAGUCAAAAGACUUCAAACUGAAAACGAGAAAAUAAACAGUCAUCUCCAGAGUUUGUUGAACAAACUGAAGUUUCUGUUCAGUCGAGUUUGCUCGAAGAAAAGAGAGUAUCAUACUACUGUUAACAAGUAUGAAAUGGAAUUGCUUGAGGAAAAGAGAAAACAAGAUCAGCUACGAGCUCAGAUUCAGUGUCUCAAGAAGACUUAUUUGAACCAGAAUGAAAUAUCUUCUGAAGAGUUAAACAUCAGUGAAGUGAUGCAGACUUUGCACUUGAAUGCAGAGAGUAUUCUCAAAGAUGUAUCAGAAAUGGAGAGUGAACUUUUCCGCAUAGAGGCAGAGUUACAGCAGGAAGAAAGUGCUAGAAAAGAAACAACACAGUUCUGGGAAGCUUGUUCAGGAACUCACUGUGGUGCAGAGGAACUUAAAGAAGAGUUAAAAAAAGAUAAUGAAAGGCUUUUGCAAGUCAUUAACUUCUGGACUCCUAAAGUAAAGAUAAUCCUUCAACUUUCUUCGGAGCUGGAUGCCAGAACUGCUAAUUAUAGUAAAAAUGCUGAUGUUGAAUUGAAACAGACAAAAGAGAAAAGUGAAGAGCUGCUUCAGGAACUAAACACUCUUAAAGAACAGCUGGCCCCUGGUGGCUCUGCCAGUCUUGCAUUAGAAGAAGAGAACUAUGGGCUUCGUAACAAAUUAAAGGCUGCAGAACAAGAUAUAAAGGCUAUGGAAGUAGAAAUUCAGAAGUUGGAAAAUGUAGUAAAUGAAGUAGGAAAAAAUGUCAAAGAGAAAGAUGACAGGAUAAAUAAGUUACAAGAACAGAUAAAAAUAAAAGCAGCGACAAGUGAGCUCACCCAGCUGCAAGCCAUACUGAAUGAGACAGAGAAAUCUCUCAGAACUGCCUUAACGGAGAAUCAGACUCUUCAGGCAAAAUUAGAUAAAGGUGCUGAGUUGUACAAAGAAGAAAUUGAUCAUCUCAAAACACAAUUGGUAAAAUAUGAUAUGGAAAGAAUGAAACAAUCCAACUCUUUUGAUAUGAAACUUGCUAAUUAUAGAGCUCUUGUGGAACACCAAGAAGAACAGUUAAGGAAGCUAAAAGAACAACUUAGAAGAGCACAGCAAGAGCAAGAUGCUACUGUGGUGCUGGAAAAAGAAGCUCCUAAACAAUCCCAAAUACCCCUUACUUGUGGUGGUGGCAGUGGUAUUGUGCAGAGCACACAAAUACUUGUUCUAAAAUCUGAACAAGCUAAGCUACAGAAAGAGAACUUGCACCUGAAGAAACAAAAUGACCUUCUAUUAAGUAAUGAGCUUCAGCUGAAAGAGGAACUUAGAAAAUGGAAAGAGCGAGCACUAAAAUGGAAAGAAAGAUCCUCAAGAGAAACAACUCGAGAGACAGUACCAAGGUCUCCAAGGAAGACAGUGUCAAGUUCCCUUAAAGAACAAAUGCCUUCACCCUCCAAGGAACCUGUUUCUCAGGAAAUUGUGACUCAGGAAAUAUCAAAGCCUCUGCCACUGACUUGUCCAACAAAUUUCUUUGAUAAUUCCAACUUGGGUACACUAACAGAUACACGACCUGCAGGAAUAGAGCCCACAGAAGAACAUCUUAAGCACUGGUUUGGAACUUCAGAGAAAGAUAAAGCUCCUGAUUGUACCACCCAAUAAAGGUGCUUUGUCAUAAGCUGCCUUUGCAGUGGCUGCAGCCAGAGUCUGCAUAUAUGAAAGAUAAUUGCUUCAGGUCAAAAGCCAUCAGCCUCUUCCAGAAACUGAAAAAGCUGGAAUACAAGAACAAAAUGAGAAAAGCAGUCAUGUUGCCCACAACCUGCUGAUCUGAUGAUGUUCUACUUUGGUGGGAUUUUUUUGGAUGGCAAAAACCAAUGUAUUGAAGAAAAACAAACAGGAAUGGAUCACAAACUACUCUACUGUGAAACUUCUCAAUCUUAAACUCUUAAUUAUCUUAUUCCUAAAACAGCCCUUUUCUGGAUGGUCGAUAUUUGCAUCUUCAGAGCGCUGUUGAGUUGGAAAGAAAUAUACUUGCUUCCCAGCACAUGGUUUUUACACUAUGCUUUCUCUUAAGUCCACAGAAACUGCAUUUCCACCACAAUUUUAAAUUUUCUCUGUGGACAUUGCAACUGAAGUUACUAAUUUUCUGUUUAUAGGGCACAUGAUCAAGGCUUCCUCUUAAACUCCUUAAAAUAUUUCUGCAGCUCAGCCAACUAGGGUACCAAGAGUAACUUUGUAUUUUGCAUCAUCUUUCAAUAUACUUCCAGUUCCUGUCUGAAGUUGGGUGUUGGAACUUCUGUAAUAGUAAGCAAUGGACCUGACUCUUUUUUUUCUGCUACUCUAGUGAAUGGAAAAUAAACUGGACAAUCAGGGCUGCAAGACACUGUCUUACUAGCCUGCUUAUCUGCGUUGAGACCUACUUUUUGUAUGUUUUGUAUAAGAAGGUUUGACAAUAAACUUUAAUACAUUAAGUAUUUUAAAA